UAUAGUUGCAUAUUUAAAAUAAAUUUCAAUUCGUUCGUUCGUUUCUGGAGUUUUACGUCCACUUCCACCUAAGGUGAUAUCGUAGACAUCAUAAAUAAAUAGAUUUCAAAGUGCUGGAAUGUAAUUAUACAGUUAUACACCACAGAUGAUAACUUUACAAGUGACAAAGGGAAUUAUGGUUUAUUGAACAUUACACUAGGAUUAUUUAAAAUAUAAGACCACUAUUGCAAUGAAAUAAAAGUGUGGUAUAAACAGUUCUAUACCACAGGGAAUAACUUUAAAAGAUGCCAUUAUAGUUGGAUACUUUAAAAGAUGCCAUUAUAGUUGGAUAUUUAAAAUAUAUACCCCAGUGUAUCAGUUGUAUACCACAGAUGAACAUUGUGGAGUAAAAGGGAAAUAUAGUUUAUUGGACAUUACACUAUGAUAUUUAAAAUAUAUACCAUGCCCAGUGUUGUAAUGAAAUAUAUAUAUGGUAUUUACACUUAUAUAUCACAGAUGAUAAUAUUAAAAGAGACCACCACAGUUAAUUAAAGGGACAAAUUAUAAACAUUGUUGAAUUAGAAGAAUAUCAUCCAAUAUACUAGUAUAUUUUUAGUAUGAUAAUGUUGUUUUGUUAUAUGAUAAACUAUUAUCUUGAACACUAUUUAUAAAUGUGUGAAAUAUCAGUGUACAGUGUUCAUAUUACAUCUAAAAAGACAACUGUUUUAAAUGAUUAACCCUUCUAAAGUCUAUGGAUAUACAGCGGACUAUGGCAGGCUACAAUUAUGACGUGUGCUUGAUUGGUUGUAUUUCAAAUGAGCCUACACAAUAUUGCUAUAAUUUUCUAGUUUUGAAGAAGUUUCGGCAUUUGGAUCAGACCAAUGAAAUAUUGGAGUAAUCUAAGACAGUUUUUUAUUUGAACACCCACAAAAUUUUGACAGCAUCCUUGUGAACAUUCCGCUCAACAUGGCAAUAGAUAUCUACAAUCAAAGAUGGAGCAAUAAUGCUUUAUUAUUUUUGUGCCUUUUUCUCCAAUUUCUGCAGACGACAAGUGUUGAACCCGGACCUCAGUGCUUCCAAAAUAAUUCAACAUGUAUACCAAUUACUGUAAAACUCUGUCUAGGAGCAUCCUUGCCUAUUGAAAAUACUUCCAUUUCAUUGGCUGCCGAUUCGAACUCACUCGAGGAGAUUUACGAAAAACUGAAAUUAUGGAGUGGAUUAGAGAACGCCCCCCAGUGUUGGCAAGUUGUUCAGCCGUUCUUGUGUUCCGUCUAUUUGCCGAAAUGUGACGCAGAAAAUGAGAAGGUCGAGCUGCCGAGCAGAGAGCUUUGUGAGAGAACACGGGAGCCAUGUAAAAUUGUGGAAUCUUUUCAUAAUGGUUGGCCGGAGUUUUUACAGUGUGAUCAACCACAUUUUGUCACUGGUUGUACAACUGAUACAUAUGAAGGAUUAAACUUCAAUACAUCCGGAAGAUGUGAAUAUCCGUUGAUAUUAACAGAGAAUAAAGAUAGUUGGUUUACGGAUGUACCUGGUUGUGGAAUACCAUGUCAGAAUCCACUGUUUAGUCAACAAGAACACGAUGAAGUCCAUGCUUUUAUAGCUGUAUUUGGUUGUAUAUGUCUUGUCUGUACCUUGUUCACUGUGUUAACUUUUAUAAUAGAUUGGAAGAAUGCCAGUCGUUAUCCAGCUUUAAUAUUGUUUUAUAUCAACGCCUGUUUCUUCGUGGGAAGUAUCGGAUGGUUGGCACAGUUUGCUGGUGAUGCCAGACAGGAUAUCGUCUGUCGCUCUGAUGGAACAGCUAGAAUGGGAGAACCGAGAUUAGGGUCAGGAUCGACGUCAUGUACAAUAGUAUUUUUAAUGGUGUAUUAUACGAUGAUGGCAGGAGUGAUAUGGUUCGUAAUGUUAGCGUAUUCCUGGCAUCUCACCUUUAAAUCAUUGGGAACACCUACAGAUUAUCUGUCGAGUAAAACAGCUUACUUUCAUCUCAUCAGUUGGCUACUACCACUAGUAUUAUCUAUAAUAUGUCUUUCUAUGUCAGAGAUUGAUGGUGAUAGCUUGAGUGGUAUAUGUUUUGUGGGGUAUAUGAAACAUGGUAUAAGAGCAGGGUUUGUUUUAACACCUAUAGCUGUUGUAUUAAUAACAGGUCUCUUCUUCCUCUUGAAAGGUUUGAUAACUCUGAUCAAGAUACGUAAAGAGGCGAACAUAUUUAUUAGUCCUAAAGCUACGUCCAAAAUCAGAGAAACUAUAUUAAGACUAGGUAUAUUUUCAUGUUUAGCGUUGUUUUUUGUCUUGGUAACAUUUUCCGUCCAUGUGUAUACGUUUGCCAAUGAGAAUUUAUGGCGUGAAAGUUAUACAUCUUAUUAUAAAUGUAAAGCCAAUGUAACAAUCGCACAUUCAGAUAAUUCUACAGAAUCCUGCCAUAUUGAAAAUCAUCCAAGUAUUGUUGCCAUGGAAAUACAUAUUUUUGCAUUUUUUGGUGCUGGUAUCGUAAUGAGUUCCUGGUCUUGGAAUAAAUCUACUCUCUCCUCAUGGGAAAGAUUUCUCCGAAUGGUUUUCCGCAAGCCGUCCAAUAAACCAGUCAAGUUAAAGAAACAUAAAAUGAUCGCGCAGGCGUUUGAGAAACGUAGAGAUGUCAAUAAUGGUCGUAUGUCUAUAAGUUUUCACAGUACACAUGAUGAUCCAUUAGGUAUGAAGUUUGAUCUAGACAGUGCCAGUAGUCACGACAUGUCAUCAAACUUUGCCGCUGCCAUGCCAAAAUUAGUACGACGGCGUGGUGGGUUGAUACACCCAGUGGCUGGAACAGGCAGAAGAUACUCAGAUUCAGAUGUUCAAUCAGUCUGUUCUCGACGAAUGUCUACAGAUUCACAACUUGGUAUUGGACCAUCAUUAGCUGAAUUUGUUGCCUUAGUGAACGAAAAGGGUGAUUUAAAAAAGAAGAAGAAAAAGAAGCGUAGAAGGUCCAAAAAUAAUAAAAUACAACCGAAAGUGGAAUUAAAAAAUAAUAAAACAGACAAAUACGACAGUGAUACGUCACUCAGAAGUCAAAUGUCCACACACAAUGUUCAAUUCUCGUUCGAACGUCGGAGUAUUGAUGCUUUAUCUCUGGCAUCCAGUGUUCAGAUCCCCUCGGAUAUCGAAGAUAUAGACAUGCCCCCGGAAACAAUCAGAAAUCCAAGAGAUGUUCCGAAACCGAAAUACGAUAUUUUUACCGCUAGUAAAUUCCUUCCAGAGAGUAAAGAAGUCUCUAAAUUUAGUCGUCAUUUACAAACAGUAAAUCAAAAACUUUCCGAUUUGAAAAUAGAAAUGACGGACACAAAUUUUUUCCAGGGGUUAUCUAAUCACAGUGGAAAAACCUCCAAUUUUACCAAACGUACAAAACGAGAGUCAAAAACAAAACAGCCGCCAAAAGUUCAUGAAUCUCGACUUAAUGUGGAGCCGGAAUUAGAAUCAUUGUCAGAUUAAGGACUGUAGCGACGAGGAUUCAUCUGUGUGACGAUGCAUUCUUUUGUUAAAAUAUUUAAAAUCUAUUGUUACAAGUUCUGGGGAAAUCCCCCUUUUGAGAUACUGUGUAGCUGGCUAGUGAAUAGACUGUAGCAAUAAGGAUUCAUCGUUGUGACAGAGGCAUUCUUUUGUUAAAAGAUUUAAAAUCUUUUGUUACAACUUCUGGGGAAAUCCCUUUUUUGAGAUACGGUGUAGCUGGCUAGUGAAUAGACAUAUGAAUUUGUUUGAGUGAUAAGCAUAUCGUUUUGUUAAGAUUUUAAACUUAUUGUUAACAGUUCUUGGGAAAUCCCCUUUUUGAGAUACUGUGUAGCUGGCUGGUAAUGUGUCUUUAAAAUAGAGACAGGAAUUUGUCUGAGUGAUGGAUGUAUUGUUUUAAUCUGUUGUUAAAAAUUCUAGGGAAACCCC